AUGCUGAGUGUAGGUCCGGUAGUCCGCGUUGGCCCAAAACGAUACAGUAUCAUCCAGCCCCAAGCCGUCAAAACAAUCUACGACCUCAGUGGAAAAUACACGAAAUCCAGUUUUUACAAUGCGCAAGGCAGUGAUGAUGACAUUUUUACGAUGAGGGAUAACACAGAGCAACGUGAUAGACGCAGAAAAGUUGCCCCUCUAUACUCUAUGUCGGCUAUGGUAUCUUAUGAAGAUGCCAUUGAUAGGAUGACGACAAUCUGCAUGGGAAAGAUGGAUGAGUUCGCAAAAGAGAAGCGGCUUAUCUCCAUACCCAAUUUCAUGCAGUUUUAUGCCUGGGAUGUUAUUGGUGAGAUCACAUUCGACCAAAACUUCGGCAUGAUGAAAAACAUGGGUGAUACGCAAGGCAUCAUCAAAGAAAUCCACACUGCGAACAACAACAUGGCUCGUCUGGGUCUAUUGCCAGAGUUGCAGAAGCCGUACCAUAUACUUGAGAAGCUUAUCUUUGGGCGCCACCCCAUGGCAAAUGUGAUCGACUAUAUCAUGAGCCAGUGUCAAAAGCAUCGAGACUCAAACACUGGUACCAAGAUGAAAUCCCAGUUUGAUACAUUUCUACGGAAGAUACUCGAACAAGAAGCUGCACACAAGGUCGAGACGAAGAAAGUUUUUGAUGCAUGUGGAUCUAAUAUUGUUGCUGGGUCAGAUACAACCGGUAUUAGUCUCAGUGCGGCGAUAUACUAUUUGUACCAGAAUCCGGACAAGUUGGCGAAGCUUCGGGAGGAGAUUGAUACUAUGACUUCCGAAGGGCGUAUCUCCAACCCUGUGACAUACCACCAGGCAAAGGAUAUGCCAUACCUCAAUGCUGUCAUUAAGGAAACGCUUCGGAUGCAUCCUGCUGUUGGCACGAUCUUGCCUAGGAUUGUGCCAAAGGGUGGAAUGACCCUUGAAGGUUAUUAUUUCCGUGAAGGAACACACGUUGGGACAAACGCCUGGCCACUUCACUACAGCGAGGAUGUUUACGGGCCAGAUGCCGACCAAUACCGACCAGAACGCUGGCUUGAAGACAAAUCGGAUUUUGAGUAUAGGGAUUCAAUGAUGUUUGCAUUCGGAGGCGGAUUGCGAACCUGCAUCGGCCGGAAUAUUGUUUUGUUAGAGAUGACCAAGUUCCUGCCUCAGAUAGUAAGGAGGAUUGACUUCAAGUUCGAGGAAGAAAAGCCUUGGGACCUGUCUUGUUCGUUUCUGGUUUAUCCUAGCUACAAGUGCUGGGUAGAGCUGCGGGAAAACAAAGCUCAGAAAUAG